AUGCGUUUUGCUUCCUCGGUCAUUGGCCUUGCGGCCACUGCCGGUACUGCUGCCGCUGCCGUGAGUGCCGCUAACUCUGGAAUCAAGGGCUUCAACUACGGUGCCUUUUUCCUUAACCAGGCAGCUAAACAACAAGCCGACUUCGAAUAUGAGUUCAACCGCGCCAAGAGCCUCUCAGGUACGAGCGGUUGGACUAGUGCUCGCCUGUACACUAUGGUCCAAUGGGGAACCGCCAGCGACGUUAUUAGCGCCAUUCCUGCAGCUAUCAGCACAAAGACUACCCUAUUGCUAGGCCUCUGGGUAUCCGGUGGCGACCAGGCCAUUGCAAAUGAGAUCACCGCCCUCAAGGCUGCCGUCGCCCAGUACGGAACUGCAUUCACCGAUCUCGUCGUGGGUAUCUCAGUCGGAAGCGAAGAUUUGUACCGUGACGCCAAUAACGAGGUUGGUGUCAGCGGCCCAACACUCAUCAACUACAUUUCCCAAGUCCGUAGCGCCAUCGCUGGUACUGCGCUCGCAGGCAUCCCCGUCGGCCAUGUCGACACCUACGACUCAUUCCUGAACGGUACGAACCGCGCCGUCAUCGACAACAUCGAUUGGCUCGGCUUUGACGGUUACCCAUACUGGGAGGCCACCAAGCCCAACAGCAUCGGCGACGCCCCCGAGAGAUUCUAUGAUGGUUUUAAUAAGACUCUCGCCCUUGCUGGUAACAAGCCCGUGUAUGUAACUGAGACCGGGUGGCCUACUUCUGGAAAGACUGUCAACCAGGCUGUGCCUAGCGCUGAGAACGCCCGUAUCUAUUGGCAAGACAUUGCCUGCAGCCUGAUCGCCCGAGGCGUCAACCUGUGGUGGUACGAUCUGCAGGAAUCGCAAUGGGGUACUGCUGACCCCGACUUCGGUGUCUUCCCGGCCGGCGACCUGAACGCAGUCUCUCAGCUCUACGAUCUCUCUUGCGCUCAAUCUCGAACUGGAGACUCAGCUCUCUUUCAGCCCAAGCCACCGAUAGAUCAGUCCAUGAGCCAUCCAACGCCACCUACUAGAGAUGGAAUUUCAAAUGAUUUGAAAAAGCUUCUAAGCCCAGACAAGCUCUGGGAGGCCGCAUAUAACAGGCUUGAAGAUAAUUAUCCAGGAUUAUUGAGAGAUUAUAAUCGGGACCUACUUGGAAAAGGCCACUCGACGCAGACUAGCAACGAGCUACAGCCUGGAGAUGGAGCUUGGCAAAAGCAUAUCCAAGAGCUUGCCCAGGAAAAGCUAGAAGAUAACCAAAAAGAGAGGUUUAGCUUCCAGAUUGGAGAGAGAGAUGUGAUCGUGCGCGAUCAACUUCAAAAGAUCUUGGGUUUCAUCGUUUCUACUAAGGACCUUAUAGGAGCCGCCAUUUCAUCAGAUCCUCAUGCCGCGCUAGCAUGGGCAGGUGUUAUGUUCAUUUUCCCGAUGUUGAAAACGAUGCUGCAGCAAGACAAAGAUGCCAUACAGGGGUUCGAUGAUAUCUUAUCCUUCUUGGUUCGCUGCAAGGUUAUUGAAACCGACUUCCUGGCUCAAGACUUAAGCCUCUCGUCAGAAGCGUAUAAGCUAGCCCUUUCUCUCCAAUCGAAGAUCAUAGAAUGUUAUUCCAACGCAUACAUGUACCAAAUCAGAGUCAUACAGCACUUUAGUCACUCUACUUCCACUAGGCUUAUGAAAGACAUUGUUGUUAGCAACGACUGGAAAGGGAUGACUGACAAGUUGAGGUCUGUGGAGAGGGACAUAAGAGAUGAUCUACAAGUCCUAUCUGAACACAAAAUCUACGAGAUAGAUGGAAAGCUUGAAGACUUUCGAUCUAAGGCCACAGCUUUCUUCGAGUUAUGCAAGAGGACGAUGGAUAGCAUCAAGGUUAUCGAGCAAGCUUCACAUCUCCGCGAUCUUCCCGUAUCUCACUCAGCGGCGUUCGACUCUUCACAAACGAGCGGGGAGCGUAGUUGCACGCCGGGCACUCGAUUGGAGAUAUUGAGCAGGCUGCAGAGCUGGGUAGAGAGCCCUACAGGAAAGCCUAUUGUAUGGCUGCAUGGUAUGGCUGGCACUGGGAAGUCUACUAUUGCCCUAACUGUUGCAACCGCCUUGAAUGAGAAAAGCCCUCUGGUAGAUGGUGCCCAGAUACCCAACGAUAUCUCUCUUGGUGCUACAUUUUUCUUCAAGCAGGACGAUGCUGGUAGAAACCAUGCCGGGGUAUUAUUCACAACCCUCGCACACCAACUAGCCCAUAAGCCGAUUGGCCUCGAAUGUGAGAUAGCUAGUGCUAUCGAGCGUCAUUCCAGCCCUAAUAUAGGAGCAAAGGGCUUAAAAACUCAAUGGGAGGAGUUGAUAUUGAAACCGCUCAAGACACUCUCCGAAGAAUCGGCCCCUAUUCGCCUCAUUUUUAUCAUCGAUGCUUUUGAUGAGUGUCAAGACAAGGAAACCAGAAUCAUGAAGAGAAACGCCGAACACGUUGUCCAAUCUUUGGAACAGCUCAAAGGACUGACUAAUGUUCAAGUCAAGGUCCUCAUAACUAGUAGGAAUGAAAGCUACAUCGAUAAGGCAUUCAAGAGUCUACCGGGGAAUACAUAUGAUGAGAUUGAACUUCCGAAGGUUUCACUUGAUAAUUUCCCAGAUGAGAAAGACGACAUUACGAUUUUUCUCAAAGAUGAACUUCUCAAAAAUGAAAUAAACGAUAGUAUCAGUCUGCAGUGGCCUAGAGCGGAUGAUUUCCGCAAGCUGGUUGAGAAGGCUGGUGGGUUGUUCAUAUACGCUGCGACUGCUUGCAAAUUCCUUGAUGUCGACCCCUUUCUAGCAAAGAGGCGAUUGGAAAUGCUUUUGAAUGGAAAUACAAACGACAAAUCCCCGGAGUUUAUCUUAAGUCAGGUGUAUUGUGCAGUCUUGAACUCAUAUACUCGAGACUGGACCGAUGAUGAAAAACAAGGAGAUCACCUGUUGAAGGAGAUCUUGAAGGUUAUCGUCGUGCUAUUCAAACCCUUGCCAAUCCAUUCACUAGCCGAAUUUACGAGAUCAAAAAUACCAACACCCGAUAUCAAGGCACUUCUAAACAAUUUACGUUCUGUCAUUGAUAUUCCAAGGAAUGCGGAAGUCCCAAUCAGCCUGGUGCAUCUCUCGUUUCGGGAAUUUCUGUUGGAUGAACAUAGAAGCGGCCAAACAGGCUUCUUGGUUGAACCAUCAACAGUGCAUUGUCCCUUAUUUGGAAGAUGUCUUGAAAUUAUGUCGCACGAUCUCCGUAUGGACAUAUGUGACCUUCGAAAACCGGGCAUCCUGUUUACUGAGAUUCCAUCCGGUUUGGUGCAGCGGUGCAUUUCGCCGCAUCUACAGUACGCUUGUAGAUAUUGGAUUGAUCAUUUCUUGCGGAUCCAGGAAACUAAACAGGGACAGGACGCAUCUGUUGAUGAUGGAGUCAUCCAUAAAUUCCUCCAGGCCCACUUCUUGAAUUGGCUCGAAGUACUGACUUUGUUUGGGGAUGUUGGGAGUGCUAUUCACCUAAUCCGUCGUCUCAAUAUUUCAAUAGAUACACCCGAAAGGUCGGAAUUAUCGAGAUUGGUUUAUGAUGCAUAUCGCUUUAUUCUUUCUAAUAAGCAUAUGAUCCAAACGGCCCCUCUUCAGAUAUAUUAUUCAGCAAUUUUGUUCAGCCCUACAAACAACAUGAUACGAUCUUUAUUUGAGAAGCCUCUUGGAAAAUGGAUUGAAAGGCCCCUAGCCGUGGAUGCCAGCUGGGACGACGAUCUGAUAAUCGAAGAUUGUGGCGACGUCAGCGCAAUUGCAGUGUCUUCCGAUAGCAAGACGCUUGCCUCGGGAUCUGAGGAUGGAAUGAUCCAACUUUGGGAGGCUGCUACCGGCAUUGAGACUGCUCGAUUUCAGACACCGAUAAAUGUUGCUCAGAUUACAUUUUCACCAGACGGGCGAACCGUCGGUUUCUGUUUCUCGUACAGUCCUGAAAUCCAAUUAUAUGAUAUAGGGACUGGCGAAAUUUCAAAUCUAUUAGGCCACAGAGGUACAGUCAUUGCUAUUGCCUUUUCUCUAUGUUCUGAUAGUAUGAUAUUGGCAUCGCUAUCCGAGGACAAGACAGUUCACCUAUGGGAUACUUCAACACAGCAACAAAUAUCCAAGUUUACUAUUAGCGACCACAAAAUUACUAAAGGGGCAAUCACAUUUUCAUCCGAUGGCAACUUGCUGGCGAUAUUAUGUGAGGGAUAUGAAGACAGCACCGUAACGUUACAUAUAUGGGAUGUAAAAGUAUGCGAACACCCAGAGACGAAAUUGGAGACGUUUUGGGAGGAUUGGAACAAAUAUAUCAAAUCAAUUCGAUUCUCUCCCGAUGGAGCUACCCUGGUAGUGGAUCACGAGCGUGAAUUACUGAUAUAUGAUAUCGAAUCAACGAAUAUUGUUCAAACAUUAUCUAUACCGCGAGGUUUCGUAUAUUUAAUCGAUUGGGAGAAUACCGUUCAAGAUGUGCCUAUAGUAGCGCUAUGCCAAGUGAGAAACGAUGAUAGGUUUCUAUAUCAUGCUACAUCAUUUCCUAAUGGAAAAUCUGCAGCGCACUUUUCAUAUGACACUUGGAGCAUACAUGUAUGCGAUAUCAGAGCUAGCGACGAGACCCAUGAUUCCGAUACAGAACCUGUCGACAAUAGGGCCGACCAAAUUACUGAUGUUACUGUUCCCUACAAUAGUGAUGCAACGAUAUCCCGAAGAUAUUCUCGCGCAGUCGAAUUUGAAGUUUGGGAUUUGGAUGAAUUCGAAAUCAAACGAAAGUUCUCAGUGACUUCCACUUUCUAUCCGCAGGUGAGACUUUCACCUGAUGGAAAGAUUGCCAUCAUUAGUGAUCAGUUGCAAACCCGAAGUUCCCCACCUGCCCAAGUAUGGAACGUAAGUACCGGCAAACAUGUGACGAAUCUUGAAAUAUUGGGUUCUAAGGAGGUCUACUUUUCAUCCAAUAGUGAGCUUCUAGCAUUUCAUUCCAAUAAUGUUGUACAAAUUCUAGAAGUAGCCACUUGGAGGGACCGAGCAAAAUUCGAAAUCGAAGAUGGAUUGCAGUUGGAGUCUAUAAGAUUCUCAGCCAACAAUAAGGUUCUUUUCUGGGAGACAGUAACCAACACUGUAACCGACUCCGGAAACGACUCCGGAACCGACCCCAGAUACCUAAACCUAGGUAAUCUGGAAACGAGAGAAAAUUUCUCGAUACAAUGCAAUCCAUUCACCUUUGAGCCAACCCUGUCACCUGAUGGCACGUUGGUAGCCUUCCAGCCAAACCUAACGAAACCUGAAUUUCAUUUAUUACAAGUAGACACGCGAGAUAUAAAAGUCAAGAUUCCACUUUCAAGCCAUGAUCACAGGGCCAAGGCGUCAAUUUCGUUGGAUAACACUCGUAUUGCUACGACAACAUGCAAUCAGAAUGAAUUGACAACCACUGUAUGGGAUACAACUACCGGAAAUAUGAUUUAUACCUUGUUUAUGGGCUCUAAGUUUAGUAAUUACUGCAACAUGCUCCUUAUAGCACCAGAUGAGAAACUAAUGGUACGGACGUUAAGAGGAGUUUUGAUAUGGGACCCAGUGGUGUGCAAAGGAUUCUAUCGACGCCUUGACGAAAGUUAUCAAUUAUACUUUCCCAAGGAUAAUAGAUAUUUGGAUGGUCAUUAUGGCCGGUUACCGCUCCCGUCACCCACUCCAGAUUUUAGUUGCCUUUAUGUCGACACAUCUUGGCUACUUCAAGGAGGCGAGAGGCUUUUAUGGCUUCCUCCAGCGCAUCGCACGUGGAGCUCUUGUAAUUUAGCAGUGAAGGGAGGGAAUGUUAUGUUGGUAUUUGAAUCUGGGUCUUCCACGUUUAUCAAGAUUAAUCUUGAAAAAACCCCUGUGGCACAGCCGCCGAAGCCAUCUCCCGAGGCCGAGACUGCUUCAGGACUAUAUAUGCAUGGGUGGGUGGAUACUGGUCCAUUGGAUACGCCGUAA